AUGGCAUCAUCUAUUAGUACUGUUACAGAGUCUGGGAUGAGGGGAUCAGAAGUAUCAAGUAGCAGUAGACGGCAUAUCCGAUGGCUUUCCCUCGGAAUAUUUGUAGCUUUAGGCUUGAUGGCGCCAAUAGGGAGCCAAGCAUUUAGUCUCUCCAUGACAUCCUACAAGCCUCCUCUCAAAGCCAUCACAUCAAGACGGAUCAACCAAAAACGACAAUCGUCCACAUCCAAGUCUGCCUAUGCAGGUGCCUUGGCAGCACCGUCUGCAGCCAGCAGUCAGCUGCCGUUUGAGCAGAGAAUGAGGAACUUGGUCAUGGGGCAAGCACAGAAAGCCAAGUCAGAAACCCAGAGGAAUGCUGCCACCGUAACAUCCCCUGUCAAGACGAUCAAGACGUUAUCCGAAUUUAGAGAUGUUGUCGCCAAUGAAAAGGAAAAGAUUGUGGCCGUUAGAUUUCAUGCCCCAUGGUGCAAAGCAUGCAAGGCAAUGGCGCCAUCCUAUUACAGACUUGCCAGGCAAAACGAGAAUACCAUAUUCAUUGAUGUCCCUGUGCUGCCAGAGAAUGCCAACUUACACCAAGGACUUGGCGUACCAUCUCUGCCUUAUGGUCACAUCUACCAUCCCAAUGGUGGUCUGGUGGAAGAACUUCGAAUGACCAAGAAGCACAUGCCAGAGUUUGCACAAACCUUGCAAUGGCACAUCGAAGGGCGCUGUGAUUUAGAGUCACAGCCUCAGUCGCCUCGGCCUUGA